AGGGUUUUAAACAAGCUGAGUGUUUUCAGGCAACAACUUCUUCUUUGCAAUCUAAUGGCGCCACCCACAUUCAAAUAUUAGCUCUUUUAGUUCAUCUAACCUAAGUUUUUUUUUUUUUUUUCAAAAUUUUUGAAUAAUGCCUACCUUUCCUUCUUACUAAUACUUUAAACAAAAUUUUCAUAUCCAUCUACUGUUUCUAAACAUGGUAAAGAAGAGACUUCUUUCUGGGCGCUUCUUCUUCAAAACCCGAAGAGCAGUAACAACCUCAGCCGCUGUCCCGCUAGACCCUUCAUACGCCACCACUUCUUCCAUCCCCACCGAUCAUAAUUCCCUUUGCCUCUUCUUCACUGAGCAACUCAUUAACCGCGGCUUAUUAUCCUCUGCUCAGAGACUCGUUCAACGAAUCGUUUCUCGGUCUUCUUCAGUCUCUGAUGCAUUAUCAGCCGUUGAUUUCGUCACUGCUCGUGGAUUGGACCUUGAUUUGUCAUCAUACGCUUCUCUUAUUAAGAAGCUUGUGCAAUUGGGGCAUCACCAAUUGGCCCACUCUCUUUUCUCCGAUAACAUUAUUGGUAGAGGUAUCAAUCCUGACUCCUCCAUUGUUAAUUCUAUGGUCAUUUGUUUGUGUAAGUUGCGGAAGUUAGAGGAAGCCAUAAUUCUUUUUGAUCGCCUUGUAAUGGAUGGUUCUUGUCAAAAACCUGCCUUUAGUGCUCUUGUAAGGCAGCUUUUCGCCCAAGAAAGAUUUUUGGAUGCGUUUGAUUACUUUGUGACAAUGAAAGAUAUUGGUUUUAAUUUGGGUUACUGGUAUUAUAAUGUGUUGACUGAUGGACUAUGUCAUAAAGGGUACUUAGAAGAAGCAAUUCAAAUGUUUGAUUUAAUGCGUGAAAGAGCGGGAUUGUUACCUACGCUUCAUUUGUACAAGUCUUUGUUUUAUGGUCUUUGCAAACAAGGGUGGGUCGUGGAGGCGGAAUCGUUGUUUGGAGAAAUUGAGUCACAGGGUUUCUUUGUGGAUAAAAUAAUGUACACUUCGUUGAUAAAUGUAUAUUGUAAGGAUAGGAAGAUGAAAAUGGCGAUGAGAGUUUACUUGAGAAUGCUAAAGACGGGUUGUAAGCCAGAUAGUUAUACGUAUAACACGUUGAUCCAUGGGUUUGUUAAGAUGGGAUUGUUUGAUCAGGGCUGGGUGUUAUACAACCAGAUGAUGGAGCAGGGACUGCAGCCUGAUGUGGUGACUUAUCAUGUUAUGAUGAGCAAUUAUUGCAGGGAAGGGAAGGUAGAUUGUGCUUCUAUGCUUCUGAAUAACAUGGUUAGCAACAAUUUAGCUCCUAAUGCCCACUGUUACACAGUUUUAAUCACCUCCUUUUAUAAGGAGAAUAGAUUAAUGGAAGCAGAAGAACUGUAUAAAAGCAUGCUGACUAGUGGGCUUGUUCCAGACCAUAUUCUGUUCUUCAAACUUAUGAAUAUGUACCCUAAGGGGCAUGAGCUUCAUGUUGCUCUUAUGAUUAUGAAGGCAAUAGCUGUUAAUGGGUGUGGGUUUGAUCCAUUAUCACUUCCAGUUUCUGUUACCAAAGAUUUGGUGCAAAGAUUUGAGCUUUUGAUUGGGGAGAUUGUGAAAAGCAACUUGAGUCUAGCCAAUGUUGCAUUCACUAUACUUAUCAGUGCCUUGUGUGAGGGACGGAAAUUGGAUAUUGCUUUGUAUUUCAUGGAUAAAAUGGUGAAUCUAGGAUGCACGCCUCCGAUUUUCACUUACAACUCCUUGAUGAAGUAUCUUGCCCAGGAGAGUCUUUUUGAGGAUGCUAAAUCCCUACUUGAUCUCAUGCAAGAUCAAGGUAUCUUUCCAGACCAAGCAACUUAUUUGAUAAUAAUAAAUGAACACUGUAAACAUGGGGAUCUGGCUUCGGCUUUUGAUAUCCUGGAUCAAAUGGAGGACAGGGGAAUGAAACCUGGUGUUGCUAUUUAUGAUUGCAUAAUAGGUUCUCUAUGCCGGCAAAAGAGGAUGGUUGAAGCCGAAUAUAUGUUCAUAAGGAUACUCGAGUCUGGGGUGGAUCCUGAUGAGAUUGUUUAUAUGACAAUGAUCAAUGGCUAUUUAAAGAAGGGAAGAGUCAUUGAAGCCCGUCAACUAUUUGAGAAAAUGAUAGAGGAUGCUAUUAGGCCAACUUCUUAUUCUUACACUGCUCUGAUUAGUGGACUAGUGAGGAAAGACAUGACUGAUAAGGGAUGUAUGUAUCUUGAUAGGAUGCUGGGUGAUGGUCUUGUGCCAAAUGCUGUACUGUAUACCUCUCUCAUCAAUAAUUUCUUGCAGAAGGGAGAGUUUGAAUUUGCCUUUAGAUUAGUUGAUUUGAUGGACAGAAACCAGAUUGAGCGUGACCUGAUCAGUUAUGUUGCACUGGUCAGUGGUUUUUGCGGAAACAUCAGUAGCAGGAAACGAUGGUGCGCUACAGAGAGAGGGUCUGAAAGAGCAAGAGAAACAUUGUUCCAACUGCUCCAUCGUCGAUCUCUCCUGCCAAGAGAAAAGAAUUUAAAAGCUUCUGAUAGUUCUCCAGAAGCAAUGAAAUGCUUUGCAUUGAAGCUCAUACAUAAGGUUAAACAAACAAGCUUUAUGCCAAAUUUGUACCUUUACAAUGGCAUAAUUUCUGGAUUUCUUGAGGCAGAUAGGAUGCAGGAUGCAUAUGAUCAUUUUGAAUUGAUGCAAAAAGAUGGUGUCCGUCCCAAUCAAGUGACUUUUACUAUACUUAUGGGUGGAUAUAUUAAAGCUGGUCAAAUUGAUCAUGCCAUAGGCUUAUUUAAUAAAAUGAAUGCAGAUGGUUGCACUCCAGAUAGGAUUGUGUACAACACUUUAGUAAAAGGCCUUUGCCAGGCUGGUAGAUUACUUGAAGCAUUGUCACUUUUGCAUGUGAUGCACAAGAGGGGGUUAAUUCCUAGUAAGGCUAUUUAUGAAAAUUUACUUGGACAUUUUUGUGCUAAUUAUUUGAGCAUUCCUGCAUUCAAGAUAUUUAAAGAGAUGCUCGCGUAUAAUCAAGGGCCACGACAGUAUUGUCAUAACUGGUUGCUUUGCAUCUUAUGUGAACAAAAGAAAUUGCGGGAGGCCUAUAUAGUAUUUGAUACAAUGAUUCAAAGGGGCAAGUAUCCUUAUAAAUCAACAGAAAAGCUCUUGGUUGAAACAUUUAGCAAACAAUGAGAAAGCGACUCUGUUAUCAUGAUUCAAGAUGAUAUCUCCCAGUAAUUUACAGCCACUAAAUGAACUUCAGGUGAUGGGAAGGUUGGAUAUUAAAUUAUUAAUCCUCCACUUCUACUGGCUUCUGGAACAAAGAGGUUAAUUUGUUGGUGACAACAACCGGGUAGGUUUUGCUUCUGGCCAAAAUAAAUGUAGUUUGCUAUCUGCAGCUUGGACAAAAAAUUUCAUAAAAAAGAAACAUUUUUAAUAUGUAAUAAUACAAAACUUGGAGUUCUUGCAUGUUAAAGGUAACAUGUUUGGAAAGGCAAAGGCCUUAGGUUAGCUUAUUCCAUGAUUUCACUUUGAUCUAGCUGCGUGAUUCUGUGUUAGUACCUAAUGACUUUUUCAAAUAGUAUGCUUAAUUCUGAGCCCUUUAGUAAGAAACUUUGUUGUUGAAUAGCAGUCUAAGCAAAUGCUUGUGAAUGUUUCAUUCAAGGUUUCAUUAUUACUUAUUGCUCUGAUUCCAUUCUCUUUUUCUGUAGUUAAAGAUUGCAUGGUUCUGUGCCAGUAGAGUAACAUUGAAGGUGCAUUAGAAGGUGUUAGUUCAUGGAGGACGGAGUGUUGCACUAGCCUUGAAAUCAAGGGGGAAAGUUUUAAAUUUUAAUGAAAGACAUCAAAGUUUGUAUUUUGUUAUUAUGAUUUUUCCAGAUUCUUCAGAUUGUGUACUGUAGAACUUAAGGGUUAAAGGGCAUACAAACUUUCCAAUUGUUACAACUGCUUUUGUGGCCCACCUUAAAGUAGAAGCUGAUAUAACAUUAAGAGCUUAAGAACAUCUAUUUUACUGGCCGUGAAGAAUCACAAGCGUUUCUUAUUGGUGGCAAAAAUAAGAUGCAGAGUGCUGGUGUCAUAUAUUUUGUGAUGAAAUGCUCUUUUAAGCCGCAGGCUUUGCACUCUGGAAGGGUGUAGAUUUUCAGCACAGCAAGUGGAUGUUGGCCAUAGAUGGUUAUGAUGUGAAAGAAUGCUGAAAACAAGUGCUGUGCUGUGCUUUGGGUAAUUUAACAUUAUUUACUUUUGGGAGGCAGGCAGAUGGUUGUUGAUUUACAAGCUUCACAUUUACAGUGUUUUAAUGACGGAAGAAGGGAUGUACCAAGGAGAUAAUUGUUAGUUGUACUUUGUAUAGAAUAGAUGAAUCUUCCCUGCAAAUUUCAGGGUUAUACAUAAAAGGCGAAGGGUAGCUUUCUUCUCUGCUUCUACCUUUUUCAUUUGCUUAGCCAGAAUUUUUGUUGAUUAGUGGCAUCAUGUAUAUGUGUAAUUUGUCCCCCUUUUCCCAGUUCAAAGGAACAAUAGAUAUUGAAUUGAGUUGUAUCAUAUGUAGUCAUUAGUAACUCUAAUUGAAUUUUGAAUAAUGAAAUUCCUACUGUCGCUAAUUCCCUUUGGCUCGCCUUAAUAAAAGGGAUCUUAAA